AUGGCUGGCGAUAAGGAAACGCUACUCAGCAUGGGAUUUGACCCAGCCCGUGUUGACUGGGCAUUGAGAGCGACUAACAAUCGCGGUUUGCAGCCUGCAAUGGAUCACAUUCUGGAGAACGAAGGGAAGCCUAUUCUAGAUCCGAACGCUGCUGCUCCUACAAGUGCAUCGGGCAGUGCAGGGCAGCCCAUGGACGUCGAUGUCGAUGUUGACGACGAAGAUGAAGAUGCCCUGCGGCGCUUGAUAGGAACUAAAGCUGGCCCGGGUGCCACAUCGAGCACUGAAGUAGAUGCCAAGAGUAUCAAAUGCUCAGAAUGCGGCAAGGUAUUCAAGAACACGGCGUUGGCUAAUUACCAUGCCGAGAAGAGUGGCCAUGAUCAGUUUGAGGAGUCUACGGAAGAGAUAAAGCCACUUACGGAGGAAGAGAAGCGGCAGAAGUUGGCUGAACUCAGAGAAAAAAUAGCUGCAAAGCGCAGCGUAAAGUCUCAACAAGAGGCCGAGGAAGCACGUGCGAAUGAAGCUAUUCGCCGCAAGUCUGGCAAGGAUAUCAGCAAAGCAAAAGAUGAGCUGAAAGCCAAGGAGCUCGUGAAAGAAGCUGAGCAGAAACGUAGAGAGAAGCUUGAGGAUGCCAAGGCCAAGGCCGCGGUAAAGGCCCAGAUUGAGGCUGAUAAGAAAGCCCGUGCAGAAAAGGCUGCAAGGGAGAAAGCUUUACGUGACGGCCAACCAAUUAUUGACGCAUCAGCCACUGCGUCAACGACUCCAGCAGUAACAGCGUCCUCGUCCAGCGGCACAAGUGGGAAGGACUUCAAAGACACUCGUCUCCAAAUCCGUAUGGCAAGUGGAGGGACGCCUUACACGACCACCUUGCCGAGUGAUGCAACGUUACGUGAGGUCGCUGAAUUUAUAGCUGCCCAGACGCUUUCCGUCGAUGUAGAAACAGUCACAUUCGCCCAGCAUUUCCCCAGGAAAACAUUCUCUCGCGAUCAGUUUAGCAAAACACUGAGGGAACUCGGACUGACGCCGUCGGCGGUCCUCAUUGCGUCCUAA